AUGCAAAACCAUAGCAGCUAUUACGCUGUACCGAAGUGCGACGGUCGAAUUUGGGCAGACUGGCAGCAGUCUGGACGCAGUGCCAACGUGAGUCUUUGUGUGGAGUCGCGCCCUGGAUCGUCAUGCCAAGCCCCUCUUCCACGCCGAAGUCCGUUGAAGGACACGACGCAAUGUUCCGCCAUGCCCAUGGCUUAUUCCUUGACACCACCAACACCCGAAGCUACCGACAGUGAUGCUUCCUCAUCGCAAAUAUCGAUGGAGUCUAUCCCAGAAUAUGAUGAUGACAUGCCCGAAAUCCCAUUCGUCUCCGCCACCAUCGCUGGCGAGGACGAAUUCCAUCCUUCCUUUUGGACCGGGCUCAUCGGCAUGCGUCCCAGCAUAUCCAAAUCCUCCACCGCGUCUAGCAUCGUGCCCCCACCAUCCCCUCCUCGCUCGACACGCAAGCGCGCAGGCUCGGUGACGUCAAUCGCGUCCUCGCGCACGCGCCCGGCCCCCGCCAAGUCGAUCCUCUCUUCAAGCGAGUCGGCGAAGACGCGGCGGCGCAAGGCGCCGUCAGUCAAGUUUUUGGACGUGCCCACGAUCCACUACGAAGAAGACGACUACCACGACGAUUACGACCACGAUCCCUGCGGCGGCGCGUCACACGAGCCGAGCUCGUCCGCGUGCCUGUCGCCCCCGCCCCCGAAGAAGGCCCGUGGGCUGAGCGGGUUCUUCAGCUUCAAGUGGCUCUUCGGGUCAUCCUCCUCCUCCAGAACAACCUCCUCCCAACCCUCCUCCCCGCCAUCGCGAAAGGCGAAGACGAAGAAGGGCGUCGUGCCGGGCCGGCCGGCGAUCUCGGGUCCAUACCCUCUGUGUGAGACGGUGACCGCCACCGCGCGCUCCGAGCGCGCGGGCGGCAGCAGCGCGGCAAGUCUGCGCUCGGUCAAGUCGAACACGAGCAUUGGGUCCGUACGGUCGUGCGGCAACCGGUUGCCCACGCCGACCUACUGGCCCAGGUAG